CUGGGAUUUCUUCUGGGAUUCCACUUGGAACGAUUUUUGUGAAAACACUGACUGGUAAAACGAUAACUCUAACAGUAGACUCAUCUGAUACUGUUGGCAAUGUUAAACAGAAGAUCCUGGAUAAAGAAGGCAUCCCUCUUGACCAACAGCGUUUGAUUUUUGCUGGCCGGCAAUUGGAAGAUGGGUAUACUCUGUCAGAUUAUAAUAUUCAAAAUAAUUCCACAUUACACCUUGUAAUCAGAUUAAGAUAUAACCCUGUGCCUUAUACUAAUACUUAUUCUGAAAAUAUGGGAAUGCACAUCAAUGUGUACACACUGACUGGUAAAAGGUUAAUUAUAGAAGUAGAAUCAACUGAUACCAUUGAUAAUGUUAAACAGAAGAUCCAGGAUCGAGAAGGCAUCCCUCCUGACCAACAGCGUCUGGUUUUUGCUGGCAAGCAAUUGGAAGAUGGGCGUGUUCUGGCAGACUAUGGUAUUUUAAAGGGGUCUGUAUUGCAUCUUGUACUUAGACUACGUGGUGGGAUGCUUCAAGAAACCAGUGGCCGUAAAGAAUUUGAUGCAUUACCCCCACUCACACCAUAUAUGCAAACACGUGAAGAACUUUUACAAUGUGGGGUUCAUGUUG